AAUGUUGGAAGCCAACCAUAAAAUAAAAAAUAUAUUAGCUAUAGUCCGAGACAUUGAAGGUAGAGUACCAACUACUUCACCUUCCAAAAACUCUCUCUCUCCUCAUCUAUCUCAGGCUCCUCCAACAGUGUAGACUCAUGUAGUUUUCAAUUCCCAUAUCUACAAUCUCAAAAUUCCCUUCACUUUUUCUUUUCCUGAAUCAAGGUGAACAAACUCUCACAAUGGAGGAGGGUCAAUGUUUGAUCAGGAGUAAGAGAAAGUACUCUUUGAGCUCUAGUCUUCAUGGUUCUUCUACUGAUUACCCUUCCUGUGAUGACCACUCAUGGGAAGAGCAAGCCUUUGCAAAAGAUGCUGCUUGGUCUGGUUGUGUGUGGCCACCACGAUCAUAUUCUUGUACCUUUUGUACAAGGGAAUUUAGGUCAGCACAAGCUUUAGGAGGUCAUAUGAAUGUUCAUAGAAGAGAUAGAGCAAGACUAAAGCAGCCACAUAGCCCUCAGAAUGAAAUCCUCAAUUAUGAUCUUGAGAAAACUCAAGCCCAGAAUUCGGUUCAAAUUUCUUUCACUUCGUUGGGUUACUUAUACCCACCUUCUAUCAGUGGAUUGGCUCAUAACACUAACCCUAAUUCUGAUCCUUAUUCUCAUGUUGUUGCUUCACCUUCCAAAGUUUUAUGCACACCAGUUAACAAAAGAUGCAGAGAGAAACCCCAGAUUCCACAAUACAAUAGUUCUUCAAUUUUCAAAGGAUGUCAUGAGUCUUCCCCUUCUCUUUCUUCCAAAUCCUGGCCAAAUUUAACUGAUGACUUCAGAUUUUGUUCGAGUAGGCUCGAUCUUGAAGCUAGUGUUGAGAAAAAAUUGCAGGGAUUCGAUUCUGGGUGUAGGAGUGAGGGUGAUAAGGGUAAAACUGAGGUGGGUGUGAGCAUGAACUUGUUUAUGAGUCGAGCUCACCCAGUUGUGCAGUCUGAGAAUAAAGAGACAGAUACAAGUUUCAAGAAGAGAAAAUCAGAAGCUUCAUCCAUUCCAUUCUUCCCCAAAUCAUGUUCGGUUGAUAAGGAUCAUGUGCAGUCAGAGACGUUUGAUUUUAGCCCUAGCUCUAUAGAAGAGCUAGAUCUGGAGCUAAGGCUUGGUCAUAGGUCCGAGGUAUAGUAAAACAUUUGAAGCACGGAUAUUGUUAAUAAAUAUAAUUUUACUAUUUUCUGAUUUCCCCCUUGUUCCUUGUUUAUUUCUUAUGAUACAAUGUAAGGAAGAUUUUCAUGUUUCA